AUGUUCGGAUUAGGAGGAUCAUCAGCCCCACAAAUCAGCUCCCAAGCGAAAUUACAAGCAGCAGAAGCAGAAUUAGAUAUGGUUACAGGAAUGUUUAAUUCAUUAGUAUCUCAAUGUCAUCAAAAAUGUAUUUCAAAAACAUAUAAUGAAUCAGAUAUAACAAAACAAGAAUCAUUAUGUUUAGAUAGAUGUGUUGCUAAAUAUUUUGAAACUAAUGUUCAAGUUGGUGAGAAUAUGCAAAAAUUAGGUCAAAGUGGUCAAUUUAUGGGUAGAAGAUAA